CACCAAAUGCCGUGCAGCACCCUGGGAGCAGGUGUUGAAGAGGUGAAGCACCUUUUCUGGCUCAGUCCCAACAAGGAGACGAGAGCAGGAGGGAAGACAGCUUCCUUUCUACUCGCUUCAUCAAACACUGUGUGAAGACAUGUCUGCUGCAGAUCAGUUUCUGUGCUCCGUCUGCCUGGAAGUGUUCACCGAUCCGGUCAGCACGCCGUGUGGACACAACUUCUGCAGCGAGUGCAUCUCUGAGCUGUGGAGCGGGAAGGGCCGCUGUGACUGUCCCGUUUGCAGAAGAGUGUUCAGAACCAGGCCCGAGCUCAGCGUCAACGCCCUGCUCUCUCAGAUGGCUGCUCAGUUCAGACAUGAAGCUGGAGACAAACCCAGCGGCGGCGGCAGCUCAGAGCAAAAACCAGCAAAAGUUCUCUGUGACCUCUGCACUGAAACCAAAGCAAAGGCUCUCAAGUCCUGCCUGGUGUGCCUGGUGUCCUACUGCCAGACUCAUCUGGAGCCUCAUCUGACAGUGCCAGGCCUGAGGAAACACCGGCUGAUGGCGCCGGUGGAGAACCUGGAAGGCAGGAUGUGUCUGAAGCACCAGAAACCUCUGGAGCUGUUCUGUCAGACGGAGCAGACGUGCGUCUGCGCUCUGUGCACCGUUGGCGAGCACAGCGCUCACACGUUUGUUCCUCUGAGUGAAGAAUCUCAACGGAAGAAGGCGGAGCUGAGGAAGACGGAGGCUGACGUGCAGCAGAUGAUCCAGGAGAGACGAGUGAAGAUGAAGGAGAUCAGACAGUGGCUGAAGACGAGUAAAGCUGCUGCAGCCAGAGAGAAGGCGGAGGGCGUGGAGGUGUUCACUGCCCUGAAGGAGUGUGUGGAGAGAGGCCUGGAGCAGCUGAUGGAGAGGGUGGAGGAGGAAGAGAAAGCCAGAGAGAAACAGGCUGAAGGUCUCAUCAGAGAUCUGGAAGAGGAGAUCAGUGAUCUGAUGAAGAGGAGCUCAGAGGUGGAGCAGCUCUUCCUGUCUGGAGACCACCUCCACCUCCUGCAAGGCUUCUCCUCCCUGAAAGCUGCUCCGCCCACCAGGGACUGGACCGAGGUGGGCGUCCGCCCGUCGUCGUACGAGGGGACGGCGGCGAGGGCUGUGGCUCAGCUGGAGGAGGCUCUCCGCGGCGAGAUGAAGAAGCUGUCUGAGGCCGAGCUGAAGAGGAGGCAGCGGUCUGCGGUGGACGUGACGCUCGACGCCGACACGGCGCAUCCAUGCCUCAUCCUGUCCGACGACGGGAAGCAAGUCGGCGACGGUGACGUGGAGAAGAAGCUUCCAGACAACCCAGAGAGAUUUUCAGUUUAUCUUUAUGCGUUGGGAAAACAGAGUUUCUCUGCGGGGAAGUUUUACUUUGAGGUUCAGGUGAAAGGAAAGACUCAGUGGCGUUUAGGAGUGAGCAAAGAGUCCAUCAGCAGGAAGAGAAGCAUCAUCCCGAGCCCUGCGAAAGGCCUCUGGAUGAUGGACUUGAUGAACGGAAAUGAGUACAGAGUUCAUGAGAACCGCGGUGUCCUCAGCCUCUCUCUGAGUUCUGCUCCUGAGAAGGUGGGGGUGUUUGUGGAUUAUGAGGAGGGUCUGCUCUCUUUUUAUGAUGUCGAUGCUGCAGCUCUGAUCUACUCCUUCACCGGCUGCUGCUUCACUGAGAAACUCCGCCCAUUCUUCAGUCCCUGCUUUAAUGACGGUGGUAAAAACUCUGCUCCUCUGAUCAUCUGUCCUGUCAGUCAAACUGUCUGAUCUGCGUUUAUCAUUGAACAUCACCGACAGCAAAUAAACUGGAGAGAAAGUCACAGAUUAACUCUGAGCCGAGCUGAACUGUUCUAUGAUUUGACUGAGCAGCUGAUCGUACCUUGCUGUGAAUCAGAUUUAUGGCAGAGCUCCGUCUUGAUUGAGGACUCUGUCAGGAUAUUUUUCUUUAAAGGAGAAAUUUAAUGUAGAGAUUUGAGAAUGGAAUGUGACAGUCUAAUUGAAGAGGCUGUCUUUGAGGAUCCAAACAGAGGAAACUGUGCAAUCUACAUCCUGAUCGGAGUAUCAUUUGUGAGGAUUCUGUCUGUAAAAAAAUGCUGAAUGUUGUA